AUGCGAACCGGUGAUUUUGACUACGUCCUGCCAGAGGAGCGCAUCGCGCAGACUCCGGCGGAACCCCGGGAUGCCUCGCGCCUCCUGGUCCUCGACCGCGAUGAGCCGAGCGGCCAACUGGAGCACCGCAGCUUCUGCGACCUGACCGAAUACCUGCGUCCCGGUGACCUCAUGGUCUUCAACCGGAGCCGGGUGAUACCGGCCCGCCUUUAUGGAACCGAGACACGAUCCGGAGCCCGCGUCGAGGUGUUAUUGGUCCGUCGGCAGGAACCGGGGAUCUGGCAGGCUUUGGGACGCCCCGGCCGCCGGCUCAGGGUGGGCGCCCGGGUCACGGUCGAAGCGCACGACGGGUCGCGUUCAACGCAGGUUGAGAUACUGGAGGCCCUCGAGAACGGCCUGCGGCUGGUGAGGGUCAGCGACGAAUCGGCUCUGGGCGGCCUGGGCGAACUUCCCCUGCCUCCCUACAUCAAGGAAACACCCGACGACCCUGAGCGUUACCAGACCGUCUACGCGGACGCGCCGGGCAGCGUGGCCGCCCCCACGGCCGGACUGCACUUCACCGAAGCGCUGCUCGACCGCAUUCGCUCCUACGGAGUAACCACCGCGUGGGUCACCCUCCAUGUCGGCCUCGAUACCUUUCGGCCGGUCCAUGGCGAGGACAUCGCCGAGCAUAAGAUCCACACCGAAUGGUUUGAGAUGCCCGAGGACACGGCGGCGGCGAUCAACGCGGCGCGGAGGGCCGGCAGCCGCAUCAUCGCCGUCGGAACCACCACCGUCCGCACCCUGGAGCACGUGGCGCGGGAUGCUGACUCAACGGGAGCGCAGGAGAUCCAGGCGUCAGCGGGCGACGCCGACCUGUUCAUCCUGCCGGGUCACCGGUUCCGGUUGGUGGACGCCAUGCUCACCAACUUCCACCUGCCACGGUCCACCCUGCUGAUGCUGGUAUCCGCCUUUGCGGGCCGGGAACGCAUCCUGGCCGCGUACGAAGAAGCGAUCCGCCGCGAGUACCGGUUCUAUUCAUUCGGCGACGCCAUGCUGUUGCUCUAG